AAGAGUGAUACAACCUAAUCACAAGCGACACAGAAACAGUUGGAAGAGUGACACGUGGCAGAUCCCAUCAACCUCAUCCGGUGUCUUACUAAGCACCUUUUUGAUGCUGUGGUGGCUCUUUCUCUAGAUUCCUCCACAAGCAUUUUGAAACCCACUUAGCAUUUUGUCUCUCUGUUUCUGGAAAUGAGCAGAGCAUAGAGGGCAAUGGCUGCUUCUUGUCUCUACUCUCAUUGUUUCCAUCGGAAGCUCGAUUGCGUCAAAUCUGAAACCCUAAUUUUACGUGCUACCACCUCUUAUGGAAACCAUAGACGCAUUUCUAUAUCCACUCGCACCUCCUCGCGUUCUCGAAUUUUAUGUUCCUCUGCGCGAGACUCCUCUGAAGGAGAUAACAUUCCCAGUAACUUCUGCAUCAUAGAAGGGCCAGAGACAGUUCAGGAUUUUGUUCAAAUGCAGUCUCAGGAAAUCGAGGACAACAUAAGAAGUAGAAGGAACAAGAUUUUCCUCCUAAUGGAAGAGGUUAGGAGAUUACGGAUACAGCAACGCCUAAAGGGCAUUAAAGUCAUCGAUGAGGCUGGCGAGGAAGACCCAAAUGAGAUGCCUGACAUUCCAUCAUCUAUUCCUUUUCUCAAUCAUAUGACUCCAAGGGAAUUGAAGAAGCUCUACUUGACAAGCUUAUCAUUUGUAUCUGGUAUAAUUGUAUUUGGAGGCCUUAUAGCACCAACAUUGGAACUAAAAUUAGGUUUAGGAGGAACCUCAUAUGAAGAUUUCAUUCGCAACAUGCAUUUGCCUAUGCAAUUAAGUCAGGUUGAUCCCAUUGUAGCAUCCUUUUCUGGUGGGGCAGUUGGUGUUAUUUCAGCCUUGAUGAUAAUUGAAGCCAACAAUGUUGAGCAACAGGAGAAGAAAAGAUGCAAAUAUUGCCUUGGAACUGGAUACCUGGCAUGUGCUAGAUGUUCUGCAAGUGGUGUGUGCAUGAGCAUUAAUCCUAUCUCAGUAGCUAGUGCAUCUGACCAUCCUUUGCGGGUGGGAACCACGCAGAGGUGUCCAAAUUGCUCUGGUGCUGGAAAGGUUAUGUGCCCGACAUGCCUGUGCACUGGAACGAUGAUGGCAAGUGAACAUGACCCCCGGAUAGAUCCAUUUGACUGAAGAAGACUAAUUUAGUUUAGGGGAUUGAAUUUUCUUGCUUUUGAUGUAACACAAGUAAAUUCUUCCUCGCUCACCCGAACCUGCACCUCCAACCACAAAGUGAACCAUAAAAGCAAAACUUCACUAAAAGAAAGAAGGACAAAAUAUUUUUAGCUCUA